AUGUGCAUCAGAGACGUCCAACGCCUUGCGGGACGAGUGGUCGCCCUGAGCCGUUUCACAUCUAGGUCAGUUGAUAAGUGCCACCUGUUCUUCCAUGCCUGCAAAAAAUCCAACAAGUUCGAUUGGACCCCCUCGUGCGAAGAAGCCCUACAACAGCUGAAGAGGUAUUUGACCACCCCCCCGCUUCUUUCCAAACCUAUGGACGGGAAGAAGCUCUACACUUACCUAGCAGUCUCAGAGACAGCCAUAUCAGCGGUGCUAGUUCGGGAAGAAGAAACAAAGCAGUCACCGGUCUACUACAUUAGCAAGUCGCUCCUCGACGCAGAAGCUCGAUACAGCCAAUUGGAAAAGCUUGCCCUCGCCCUCAUCCAUGCAUCCAGGAAGCUCAGACCGUAUUUCCAAUGCCACCCUAUAGUUGUGAUCACCUCUUUCCCACUUAAGAAAAUAUUGCACAAACCAGAACUAUCAGGCCGACUCAUGCAAUGGGCGAUAGAGCUCAGCGAGUUCGACGUAUCCUACCAACCACGCACCGCUGUCAAGUCCCAGGUGCUAGCGGACUUCAUUGCUGACUUCACCCUAAGCACCACCACCCAAGCAGAAAGGGAACUACUAUGCAUGAAUGGUGCACCACCCUCGAAGUGGACUCUCCUAGUGGACGGAUCGAGUAAUGUGAAUGGGAGCGGACUUGGGAUAGUAGUGAUCGCACCAGAGGGAGACAUAGUCCAGCGAGUAGUCCGGUGUGGGUUCAAGUGCACGAAUAACGAAGCCAAAUAUGAGGCCCUCCUAACCGGACUUUCCUUGGCCAGAGAAAUGGGAGGAAAAACGCUGGAAGUGAAGUCCGAUUCCCAACUCGUGGUCAACCAACUACAAGGCACGUAUCAAGCACGCGACUCGAAGAUGGCAUCCUACUUGAGCAUGGUCAAAGAGCUGCAGGCCCAAUUCGAAGAGUUCUCAAUCAUACAAAUCCCCAGAGUUGAGAACUACCAUGCCGACGCCUUUGCCAACCUUGGCUCGGCACUCCCAUCUUCUUCCCAGUCGUCCAUCCCCCUCUUAUUCAUGCAGUGGUCGACCAACUGGAAGGAAUCGCCACCGAACAAGUCUCCUGUAGAAGCCAUGGGCGUUCAACAAGCCGAUUACUGGAUGACCCCGAUAAUAAGAUACCUGGCAGACGAUGAGCUCUCGGCUGGCAAGAACGAAGCAUGCCGAAUGAAAGCAAGAGCCGCCAGAUUCACCCUACAUGAGGGCCAACUCCUCAGAAAGUCAUUUUCGGGCCCCUAUCUCAAAUGCAUAAGCCCAGAAGAGGCCCAAAAUGUUAUAGCCGAACUCCAUGAAGGCGAAUGCGGCAACCAUGUAGGGGGCCGUAGUCUUGCUCACCGGGUGAUCACCGCUGGAUACUACUGGCCGACCAUACGCACCGAUUCGACCGCUUACGCGAAGAAGUGGGACAGUUGUCAAAGGUUUGCCCAUAUCUCACACCUCCCACUAGAACGACUCCAUUCCAUUCUCACACCUUGA